CUUUGUUGCAGCGAUAUCCAGCUCUGGCAGAAUGCCGGUUUCCGUGGUCUCCGUCCAGAAGUUUGUCUGCCUUGUCGUUUGUUUUGAUCGGGGCGUCGUCUCCCCUCCAAAUCCCUGCUUUUUCUCGUCCUUGCUUCUUCCAAGCCUACCUGCAUACUGACGGUAACCUGUGGUUUAAAAGUACUCACACUCACACGGUUAACUAUGGUCAGCUGAGUUAUUCCCUGCCGCGCACCUGAAGCUAGUUUGCCUAAACGGUAAUGAAUGGCUACACCUAGGCUGUUGUUUACUUUCUAGCUUCAGUGUGUUACGUUUCCAGCUUUCCCAUGGGAACCGAAUUCCCUGGAGUGUGGUUCCUCCCCCACUAAAUGUGGUCACCCCGUGACAUAUCUCUGUGUCUUUGUGUUCCAGUGCUGAGCUUGUAUUCCUACUCUGGACAUGCUGAAGAGACUCCCAAAGCUGUUCUGGUACUGGAUCCUGACCAAACACAGUUCUACAGUGGAGAGACUGUCACUCUCAGAUGCAGCAUAGAGGGACAGGACACCUCAGGAUGGAAGUUCCUCUGGCGUAGAGAUGGUCAUGUGGUUCACCCACCACAGGGCUGGACUGUCUAUAAUGAAUGCACAAUACAUUCUCUGGAUGAGUCCUAUAGCGGUGACUACACCUGCACUGGUCUAAAAGAUGGUAAAGAUGUCCAGAGUGAGACUGUAAAACUGCGCAUAUCUGCCCUGCCCACAGCUACACUGACUGUAGAGCCACAGAGUCCUGUGUUCACAGGAGAGACAGUCACUCUGAAGUGUGUGAUAGAGCCUGAGAGAGUCUGGAGGUAUAAAUGGUAUAAAGACAGGAACAACAAUCUCCUUCCUCAGUCUAGCACCAGCACACACACCAUCACAGUGACUAAGUCUGAUGGGGGUUAUUACUGGUGUCAGGGAGAGAUGAGAGACAGGCCUGUAUCAUCACAGAUGAGUGGAAGGGUUUAUCUUACGGUUAAAGCUCCGCCUGAAGCUAUGGUGACUGUAGUGUCUCCUCACAGUCCAUACUACCCUGGAGAGACAGUCACUCUGAGGUGUGACAUAGCAGAGUACACAGAUUGGGAUCAGUAUGACUGGUAUAAAGAUAAUAAUCUGAUAUCCGACCAGAACAGGAAGACCAUCAUCAUCUCUCUUCCUGAUCAUGAUGUCCAGUACACAUGUGAGGGACGUAGUGAAGGUCGACCAAAGAAUCCUCAGCGCAGUGACCCCGUCUCUAUCUUUCACACAGCCCUGCCCACAGCUACACUGACUGUAGAGCCUCAGGAUCCUGUGUAUGUUGGAGACACAGUCACUCUGAAGUGUGUGAUAGAGCCUGAGGGAGUCUGGAAGUAUAAGUGGUAUAAAGGCAGGAACAGUUAUCUCCUUUCUCAGUCUGACACCGAUACACACACCGCCACGGUGGCUAAGUCUGAUGAGGGUCAGUACUGGUGUCAGGGCGAGAGGAAAGACAGACCCACAUCAUCACAACCAAGCAGAAGAAUAACUCUUGAUGUAAAAGCUCUGCCCACAGCUACACUGUCUGUAGUGCCUCCUCAUGGUCCAUACUACCCUGGAGAAAGAGUCACUCUGAGGUGUGACAUAGCAGAGUACGGAGACUGGGAUCAGUAUUACUGGUACAGAGGUAGUGACGACAUUCACAAUGGGCCAAGUCAAACCACCACCAUCUCCCUCCCUAAUAAAGCUGGCCAGUACAGAUGUGGAGGACAUAGAGGAUCUAGACCAACGAUUUCCCAGCGCAGUGCUCCUGUCUCUAUCAGUAUCACAGCCCUGCCCACAGCUACACUGACUGUGGAGCCACAGGGUCCUGUGUUCACUGGAGAGACAGUCACUCUGAAGUGUGUGAUAGAGCCUGAGAGAGUCUGGAAGUAUAAGUGGUAUAAAGACAGGAACAGUAAUCUCCUUCCUCAGUCUGACACCAGCACACACACCAUCACGGUGGCUAAGUCUGAUAAGGGUCCUUACUGGUGUCAGGGAGAGAUGAAAGGCAGGCCUGUAUCAUCACAGAUGAGUGGAAGGGUUUAUCUUAUGGUUAAAGCUCUGCCUGAAGCUACAGUGGCUGUAGUGUCUCCUCACAGUCCAUACUACCCCGGAGAGACAGUCACUCUGAGGUGUGACAUAGCAGGGUACACAGAUUGGGAUCAGUAUGACUGGUAUAAAGACAAUAAGUUUGUAUCCGGCCAGACCAAGAAGACCAUCAUCAGCUCUCUUCCUGAUCAUGCUGGCCAGUACACAUGUGAGGGACGUAGAGGAGGUCGACCAGAGAAGUCUCAGCGCAGUGCCCCGGUCUCCAUCUUUCACACAGCCCUGCCCACAGCUACACUGACUGUAGAGCCACAGAGUCCUGUGUUCACAGGAGAGACAGUCACUCUGAACUGUGUGAUAGAGCAUGAGAGAGUCUGGAAGUAUAAGUGGUAUACAGACAAGAGACAAGAUCUCCUUCCUCAGUCUGACACCAGCACACACACUAUCAUAGCUGAUCAGUCUCAUAAGGGCCAGUACUGGUGUCAGGGAGAGAGAAUAGACAGACCCACAUCAUCACAACCAAGCAGAAAAAUAACUCUUGAUGUCAAAGCUAAGCCCACAGCUACACUGUCUGUAGUGUCUCCUCAGGGUCCAUACUACCCUGGAGAUGAAGUCACUCUGAGGUGUGACAUAGCAGAGUACACAGACUGGGAUUGGUAUUACUGGUACAGAGGUAGUUACUACAUUCUUUCUCAGAGAAGUCAAACCACCACCAUCUUCCUCCCUGUUCAUGUUGGCCAGUUCCAGUGCACAUGUGAAGGAGAGAGAGGAUCUAGACCAACUACCUCCCAGCGCAGUGCCCCUAUCUCUAUUACUCUCACAGCUAUGCCAGUCCCUACACUGACAGUGGAGCCUGCACUGAGUUCUGUGUUUGCUGGAGAGACAGUCACUCUGACAUGUGUAAUACAGCCUUCAGGUGGCUGGACAUAUGAGUGGUAUAAAGGCUGGAUGUUCCUAGCCUCUGAGACAAACACAUACACCAUCAGCAGAGCCACUGUGUCUGAUCAGGGCGAGUAUAAGUGCUUAGGAGUGAGAAAGACAAACAGAAAAUCAUACUACAGCAACAUUGUUCAACUUACAGUUAGAGCCAGGCCUCAAGCAGUUCUUAGAGGACCUCCACAGACCUGGCUGACUGAAGGAGGCUCAGUGACUCUGAGCUGUGAGGUUGAAGGCUCCACUACAGGCUGGAUAUUCCACUGGUACAAGACUGCCCCCUACAGUUCUGGGUUGGUAUAUGUGAAACAUGAUGACAGGAGCUAUUAUGUAGAGUUGGUCUCAGACAGCAUCAGUGGAGCUGGAGGCUCCUACACUCUCAGCCCAGCUGCUCUUAGACACACAGGGGUUUAUGUGUGCAGAGCAGAGAGAGGAGAGCCAGCCUAUCACACAGAGUUCAGCCAACCUCAGCCUCUCUGGGUCUCAGGUGUGUCUCCUCCAGCUUCUGUGAUCAUCCACUCAAACUGGACCCAGAUCUUUACAGACGAGUCUCUCUCACUGAGCUGUGGGGUUCAGGGCAACUCUACUGGAUGGAGACUGAGGUGGUUCACAGGCAGAGGAGGGGAAUCAAAGUGUCCCACUGACUGGAGAUCAGAAACAGGAUCCACCUGCACCAUCAGAUUAGCAUCAUCAUCAGACAGUGGAGUUUACUGGUGUCUGGAGUCUGGAGAGCAGAGAAAUCCUGUCAACAUUACAGUGCACACUGGUAAUGUGAUCCUGGAGAGUCCUGCCCAUCCUGUGACUGGGGGAGAUCCUCUGACCCUGCGCUGUAGAUAUCGCUAUAAGCCAUCACACAUCAGUGCUGACUUCUAUAAAGAUGGGACACUCCUCCAGACCUCCACCACAGGGGAGAUGACCAUCCCUGCAGUCUCAGAGUCACAUGAAGGAGUCUAUAGGUGCAGGAACCCAGAGAAAGGAGAGUCACCAGAGAGCUGGGUCACAGUCAGAGGUCGGAAAGUUUCAGAUUCGGAGUCCUCUAAUUUGGUGGUAGCAGUGGGCGUAGUGGUGGGACUGCUUAUAGCCUUUGCUCUGGUCAUUCUACUAGUCCUGCUGUAUCGCUCCCGCAAGGUCAACGAUUCGGGUUCAGUGACACCAAACCCUGGUCAGCAGCAGAGCAACAGCCCCAGUUCAACCUCCCAGCAAAGACAAGUUGUAGGUGGAGCUGUGGCUGGAAGCAGUGACGUGGUCUACGCUGAGAUUGAGCUGAAGGAGACAGAUGCAGAGAGAAAAAAGAAAGCCAAGACAGGUUCGACAAAGUCAGACACCCUGUAUUCAAUCCUGAAGCCAGUGAAGAAACCAGACUUAGCUGGCCCCAGUGAUGUCACAUAUGCUGAUGUACAGAUUAAGAUGAAGCCACAGGGGAACAGAGCCAAACCCACGUCCUCUGAAGAAGAUUGUGUUUACUCUUCUGUCCAGCCCGGGUGCUCAUCAGAUGGAGGGUCCAGUGAUGUAACUUAUGCUCAAGUUAGAAAGGGAGCCAAAAAACCUGGAAACAAAAAUGCUUGACAAUAACACAGGUGCUCUUCAAGUGACUCCAAUUGCACACGGAUGAGGUAGCAAAGCCUGGAUGUGUGAGAUCAACAUCAUGAUCAAGAGCCAUGCACCCAUAAACAUCAUUUAACCAGAAGUAACAGGUAUCAACAGGUUGUGUUAGUGAGAUGCACAGUGACUGCACUGCCAAAGUUAUUCUUUCCCUGUGCUGAGUGUCUUUCUGGUACUUUAGUAUAAUACAUGUUUAUCAUCUUUGACUGCAAUAGCCCUGGGAAACUGUGUAAACAGGAGCAUACUGUAUUUUAUUUUUCUUGUGAUGUUUUUAUGUAUGAUUGCCAAGUUAAACCUUGUGGUGUUAAAAAGAGAGUAUUUCCAAAUACUGUCACCCUUUAUCACUGCCAUAAGUUAAGCCUUGUGAUGUGAGAAGGACAGUAUCUCCUGUGUAUAAUGGAAACCCAAAGAUGUUGUUGGCACAGCUUGGCUGUCUGGGUCAUUAGGCUAUUGUGACAUUGGACCCUAGAUGAAGGCAAGUUCAUGUCGAUUUCAACAUCAACGUCUAGACAAAGACUGAUGUUUUAAUGAACUGCUGAAGCUUAUAGUAUGCAUAUUAGAUGUACAUACAGUCUCAAAGUAUGUAGAACAGAUAUUUCCUAUGUAGAGAUUACUGUGUUUUAAUUUAACAGUUAAGGAGGCAGCUUGAUCAAAAUAUUUUGAAAGCUUUUUCAAAUGUGUUCACAAGUGUGUGUGUUUGUGUGUCUAUAUAAUAAUGUGAUUUAAUGUGUGAUCAGUGCUUGUUAAUAUUUUGAAAGCUUUUCUCAAAAUUGGUGCAAUUGUGUGUGUCUAUAUUGUGUGUGUGUAUUGUAAAAUAUGAUAUUAUAUUGUUCCAAUAAUUGGUGUCAUAUGCAGAUUUAUAUUAAAAUAUAAAAUCAGAGUGUAUUUUUGU